CCUUGCCGAGAGGCGGAGUCACAAAACCCGUGGUCUUGGACUAGGCAUCGAUGGCGACGGUGCGGAUCCGGGAGGCCGCGGAGGGAGACUGUGGGGAAAUCAUGAAGAUGAUCCGGGAAUUAGCAGAAUUUGAAAAACUCUUAGAUCAAGUGAAGAUCAGCGAAGGAGCCUUGAAAACUGAUGGCUUUGGUGAAAAUCCUUUUUUUCACUGUCUGGUGGCUGAAAUUCCUUCAGAACACAGCAAUCCCCUGGGCUCCACUGUGGUGGGCUAUGGCCUAUACUAUUUCACCUACAGCACGUGGACAGGACGAAAUGUGUACCUGGAGGAUAUCUAUGUGAUGCCGAAAUAUCGAGGUCAGGGGAUCGGUUCCAAGCUUAUCCAGAAAGUGGCUGAGGUUGCCCUAGAGAAUGGCUGCUCCCAGUUCCGUCUAGCUGUCCUCGACUGGAAUCAAAGUGCCAUGGACUUCUAUAAGGCCAGGGGUGCCAAAGAUCUCACUGUAGCAGAAGGUUGGCAUUUCUUUCGAUUUGAUACUGAAGCAAUGACAGAGCUGGUGAGGAAGUAAGAUGGGAUGUCUGGGUCCUUUAGAAUCCAGACAUUUCCUUUGGAUCUCCUAUUCCCCUCAGCUCUUAUUCCCCUCAGGUAUAUUGAAGUCCUUUCCCUAUGAUCAUCUGCUUCAUAAUGGCUAGGAGUUUAAAAUGUAGUAAAAUAAAAAAUAUAUAUAUGUAUAUAUAUCACAAAAGGAGAAAGUUUUUCUUCCUUCCCAUUUGGAGGUCAUACUUUAGAGUCACUGUGGCUGUGUCAUGUUCUUUUAGCAUAUGGCAUGAGAAGUGGAAGGGGUGGGGGUAUGGGAGGGAAGUUGGUAUGAGUUAAUUUAGAUAGAGACCUACUUAGGUCAAUUAACAUUAAUCUACAAGAAUGCUUGCAUUGGAAAGGUUAGCCCAAGAUAUCCUCCCUAAUGAAGUUUUAGAGAGAAAGAAAAAACAAUUUAAAUUAAGUGUUUAAGAAAAGAGUUUGGAAGAAAGUUUACAAAUAUUUAUUGAGCACUUUUUAUGUAUUGGGAACUUUGUAAAGGCCAAGGAUACAAAGACAAAAAAUGGAAAAGUCCUUGUCCUUGAGGAGCUUACAUUGAAUUGCAGGCAGGUAGGAAUAUAUAUCAACACAUGAAUAAAACAAAAACUUAAAAUAUGA